AUGGCACACAACCCGAUGGCACACAACGAGAAAAGUCUUGCUGCACGCGCAUCACGCUCGUGUGAUCGCUGCAAAGCGCGCAAGAAGCGAAACAAAUCAUGCCACUUUGGCCACACCAAGCGCCUGUUGCGACGGUCCAACCCCAGUGCUUAUGAACCUCAACAGCCCUCUUCAAUCCGGGAUUCGCAAGAUGACCUCCGACCCAGCCUGCAGCUUUACCCCGAUCUCUAUAUAGAUCGCGUUUUGACCGACCCACAAUCAACCGGGCUUACAAAUAGCAGCACAUCUGUAUUCAGAGCCCAUGAGAACCAUAUCACAAGUACCAAUCUGGCGUUCUUCUCAGAGAGUAAGAUUCGUCUUAUCUCGGAACGCCUCGGACACACAAAGUUACAAGAUCUUCUCGAGGAUAAUGAAGCCGAUUUAGCCGAUAAGAUGCACAAAACACGAACGCCCAUCAAAUUUAUUCUACCUUUGCAACCCGUGCUCGUUGAUUCUCAGGCCUGUUCGACCUAUAUAAGUGCCUAUUUUGAGCAUGUGCAUCCUAUUUACCCCUUCCUGGAUCAGAAAGAGUUCAAAGAUGGUAUUCACAAUUUUAACAAAGCUAGAGAUAUCUCGGCGAAUCCUUCGCUCUCGGCGCUGUAUUAUGCAGUUCUGGCGCUAGGGUGCCAACAAGUAGGGCGAGGCUCCUUUCAUCCGGGCCAAGGACAAGCCUGGGAGUUUUAUCAAGUCUCGCUGGGACUACUUUCAGAUAUUCUUCACCCAUGUGACAGCCUCAUUAACCUUCAGGCAAUCACUGCGAUGGCAAUCUUCGCUUUGAAUAUGUCGUGCCUCCAAAUCAUGGAGACCCUAAUCACGGAAUCGGCUAGAAUGGCUCAUUGUCUGGGUUAUCAUCUUGCUCCUGCGCAUCACUCGCUGUUUUCCAUCAGUGCUAUCAUGCGUACGUCUGACCAAUAUGAUCUGGCGAUAAAAUUACUAUGUGAUGAUCUAGAGGCUUGGAAGGCGACUUUACCCCCUAGGCUCCGUCCUGGGCAGCCAUACCACCCCAUGCACUACAAAGAUCAGCCCAUUCUGGGAGUUAUGGUUCUACGGCUCCACUACGCCUAUUAUGCUCUUCUUAUUUCUCUGUGCCGCUUACGGUUACACGUAAGCAAAGAUAGCCUUUCAUUAGGAAAGGCAAAAGAGAAGCUCCUGGGUGCAUCGCGUCUGGUGAUUCAAUCAACCCGGUAUAUCGACAGACAGCCGUAUACUCCCCUCUGGAUGCUCAGUGUGGUACCGAUAUCAGCCAUGUUUGUGAUAUUCGAUUUUAUUGUUUUCAAUCCACUUCACCCUGAAACAGAGUUUAAUCUCGCCCUCAUGGAUGUUGCGGCGGCGUACUUCCUGCGACUCGAAUCGGCGACCGAGGCUUCACUCAGUAGCUCGAAAUUGACGGGCUUCGCUCAUAUCGCCAGCGACUUCAUUCAGAAUUCGCUUUAUGGGCAACCGCCUUCUAGGUCCGAACCUCAAUCCGAUUUCCUGACUAUGCCGCGAGAGCAAGUACCUGUACCAGUAGGAUUGAAUGGCAACUGCCGGAACUUUCAUAAUACACCUGAGAUAUAUGCUUUAGAUGAGAUGAUGUCAACAGAUGAGGACCUCUCGCCGAGUUCCUUAUUCUAUCCGGUCAUACGCGCUCAACCUUCCGCCGACGACAAUCUCCCAUUUGGGUUUGACUUUUCAGAUCUGUUCGAUAUCAUGAUUCCUCAGAUUUCUUCCUAG